AUGGCAGAAGCUCAGAAAGGAGUUCAGCUGGACCGAGAAACCUUCACCUGCUCGAUCUGUGUGGAUCUACUGAAGGAUCCGGUGACUGUUUCUUGUGGGCACAGCUACUGCAUGAGCUGUAUCACAACCCACUGGGAUAAGGAGGAUGAAAGGAGCGUCUACAGCUGCCCUCAGUGUAGGCAGACAUUCACACCGAGGCCUGUCCUGCUGAAAAACACCAUUCUGGCAGUUUUAGUGGAGAAAAUGAAGAAAAGUGGACUCCACUCUGCUCCUGAUCAUCGCCAUUCUGGACAUGAAGAUGUAGUCUGUGAUGUCUGCACUGGGAGCAAACAGAAAGCUUGUAAGUCCUGUCUGUUUUGUUUGAUCUCCUUUUGUGAGACACAUCUGCAGCCUCACUAUGAAAUCCCUGCCUAUGCAAAACACAAGCUGGUGGAGCCCUCCAAGAAGCUCCAGGAGAACAUCUGCUCUCGUCAUGACGAGGUGAUGAAGAUGUUCUGCCGUACUGAUCAGCAGUGCAUCUGUUACCUGUGCUCUGUGGACGAACACAAAGGCCACGACACGGUCUCAGCCACAGCAGAGAGAACCGAGAGGCAGAAAGAGCUCGAAGUGAAUCGGCAAAGCAUCCAGCAGAGAAUACAGAACAAAGAGAGAGAUGUGAAGCAGCUUCAGCAGGAGGUGGAGGCUAUCAAUCACUCUGCUGAUAGAGCAGUAGAACAGGGUGAGAGGAUCUUCACUGAGAUCAUGAGUCUCAUGGAGAGAAGACGCUCUGAUGUGAAGCAGCAGGUCAGAUCCCAGCAGGAAGCUGAGGUAAAUCGGGUCAAAGAGCUUCAGGAGAAGCUGGAGCAGGAGAUCAUGGAGCUGAAGAGGAAAGACGCUGAGCUGAAGAAGCUCUCAUUCACAGAGGAUCACAUCCAGUUUCUACAAGACUACCCCUUAUUGUCACAAAUCAGUGAUUCUACAGGAUCAUCCAGCAUGAAUAUCCAUCCUCUCAAGUACUUUGAGGAUGUGACAGCGGCUGUGUCAAAAGUCAGAGAUAAACUGCAGGAUGCUCUGAGUGAGAAAUGGACAAAUGUGUCAUCAACAGUGACUGAUGUGGAGGUUUUACCAUCACAAACAGAACCCAAGACCAGAGCUUAUUUCUUAAAAUAUUCUCGUGACAUCACACUGGAUCGAAGCAUACGACAUCAACAGCUGCUGAUAUCUAAGAGGAACAGAAAAGCAACAUACAUGAAAGAUCCGAAGCAGCCUGGUUUAUAUGGCAUCAACAAUAGCCAUCAGGUGCUGGGUGAGGAGAGCCUGACUGGACGCUGCUACUGGGAGGUGGAGUGGAGAGGAGAGGGAGUUAGUGUAGCAGUUGCAGACAAGGACUUCAUCAGAGACAGGAUGUUCGGUAGCACUGGAUUUGGGCACGAUGACAAAUCCUGGGCGUUAGAUUGUGAUCACUUUGGUUAUGGGUUUUGGCACAACAACAUCCACACUCUUGUCCCAGGUCCUCGCUCUUCCAGAGUCGGAGUGUUCCUGGAUCACAGUGAAGGUAUUCUGUCCUUCUACAGCAUCUCUGAUAGCAUGACUCUCCUCCACACAGUCCAGACCGCAUUCACGCAGCCUCUGUGUGCUGGGCUUGGGUUUGAGUGUAGCAGUGGAGACUCUGCAGAGUUCUGUAGACUCAAAUAGAUACGAGAGACAUGAGGUUUUAUUCAUCUUUGUUGCUGUGGGGGCAAUAAUUCAAAUUUUUAAUAUAUAUUGAUAUAGAGAUGCACAGAUUGUGAAAAUUAGGGCCAGUACUGAUACAGAUGUUUAAUUAACAAUCUGGCCAAUGGCUACCAUUGAUUUCUUCAUCACAUCUUUUGGUGUAACACUCCCACUAUGGCAACAUUUUCUCUCAUGUCUGACCACAAAAACAGAUCAGAUUUUUUACAAGUAGGGAUGCCUGAUAUUCAUUUUUUGCUGAUAUGUGAUAUGCUGAUAUUUCAAAAUUAAUUUUGGCUAAUACCAAAAUCAAUAGCUAUAUAAAGUGCUUAACUCUUUCAUUUUCAGUGAGCUCUCCACUUUUUACCAUUUUGAACAGGAAUGAGGGAUUUCAAACUGAAGUCACCCAAAUUUGAGCCGACUCACUGGGCUUCUCUGAGAAGUCAAAUG